AAACGUAAACAUGGGUCAGUUCUCCGAGCAAGUUUCAACUCGCGCAAUUUUUAGAUUAUAAAUUUUGUUGUCGGUGGUAGGCCUUUGGUAUUUGUAAUUUAAUGAUUCUUUUUCCUGAUUCUCAAUGUCCAAACUGACUAGAACAUGUCAAGAAAAGGAAAUGGGAGGAAGCAUGGAGGUCAAGACGAUGGCUGGGGUGUCUUUGGUGGUUACAUGGCGGCUAAGAAGCAGAAACUUGAUGAACAGUUUUUAGAGGAUCAGCCUGGAAGCCGUGAGAUCUCUUGUGCAGAGUCGAAGAUUUUUCAAGGUGUUGCAAUUUUUGUCAAUGGCUAUACAGUACCAUCAUCAGAUGAACUGAAACGCUUGAUGAUGGUUCACGGAGGGCGCUUUAUUCACUACUACCGCAAGACAGAGGUGACACACAUCAUUGCUACCAACCUUCCUCAGGCCAAGAUCAGGAAAUUGAAUGAUGAAAAAGUUGUGAGACCUGAGUGGAUCUUGGACAGUAUCAAAGCUGGUUUACUUUUAUCAUAUGAAUUAUAUCAGCUCUAUGGAAACCGAACAUCGCUGCAGAAGUCAUUAUCAUUCCUGCCAUCAUCAUCAUCUGCAGCAGCAGCUUCCUCAAUAUCCACAACUUCAAAGAGUGAACCAUCUAUGCCAUUAGAUAUCUCAGGAAGUAAAGUUACUGGGAAUAAAAGUAAUUUACAGGACGAUAUACAAGAAGGUGAUGCAAUUUCCUUUAAUAUAAAUAAGGAAGUCUUAAGAGACAUGGAAGAUGUGGAACAGAAGUUAAAAGAUGUGAAAGAUCUUCCUCAGAAAAAUAUUGACAGAAAUUCCAAUUGUGGAGAUUUUACUAAAAAACUUGAAUUGCCAUUGGACAAAGUAGCAGGAAGAGGUCCUGCAAAAGCUGGUGACCCAAAGUUUGUAGCAGAGUUUUAUAGUCACUCUAGACUUCACCAUAUAGCCAGUUGGGGUGCAGAGUUCAAGGAUCUGGUGAUGCAGUUGCAGAACCAAGGUGAUGGAAGUUUCCCAGCAAGAGAUGCUUUGAGGAAAAAUGGAGUUAAAGAUUAUUCAGCAGAUAGUGAAAAUUAUCCACUGGAAGGAAAAGAGGAUGUUCAGAAGAUACCAGGGAGUUCUAAAGCAGGCUCAUCCAAGGACAGCAGUUGUGAGCGUUACAUUAUGCACGUCGAUAUGGAUUGCUUCUUUGUUUCUGUAGGAUUGAUAAAUCGCCCAGAGUUACAAGGAAAACCAGUUGCCGUCACUCAUUCUCGUGGUAAUGGCAUGCAACAAGUGAAUCUAGCUGCCAAACAAUAUGAACAAGAUUACUAUGAGAAGAAGUAUGGCAUGUCAAAGUCCUCAGGAAUGUCAGAUAAGACAGAGAAGAUGUCAAGCACAUUCAACUCUGCGGCAGAGAUUGCCUCUUGCAGUUAUGAAGCAAGAGCAGCAGGUGUACGUAAUGGCAUGUUCAUGGGACAAGCCAAGAAGUUGUGUCCUGAUCUUCAAACUAUACCAUAUGAUUUUGAUCUCUACAAAGAAGUAGCUCAAAAGUUGUAUGAAAUUGUUGCCAGAUACACUCAUGACAUUGAAGCUGUAAGCUGUGAUGAGAUGUUUGUUGACAUAAGUGAGUUGCUCAGUGACACAAAGGUGACCCCUCUUGAGUUUUCAUCCCUGUUACGUAAUGAGAUUUUUAAAGAAACAAAGUGCAAUGCAUCUGUAGGUAUAGCUCACAAUAUUCUGUUGGCCAGGAUGAGCACUAGAAUUGCAAAGCCAAAUGGUCAACAUUACUUGGAAGUUGGUCAAGAAGUGGAUUUUAUUAAAUCUCAGCCUGUUGGUGAUUUACCAGGAGUUGGUUGGUCAAUGAAAAGGCGUUUAGAAGCUCUCAGUGUUAACAGUUGUGGAGACCUACAACUUGUGCCCAUGGCCACGUUACAGAAAGAAUUUGGCGCAAAAACUGGGAAACACUUGUACAACCUCUGUCGGGGUCAAGACGAUCGAGCUAUACAAGCCGAAAAACAGAGGAAGUCUGUAUCGGCAGAGAUCAAUUAUGGAAUUAGGUUCACCAAGGAAAGUGAAGCAGUAGAUUUCGUAAGUGAAGUUGUGGAAGAGGUCCAUCGUCGUCUGCUCAAGAUAUCUGUGAAAGGCAAAACAAUCACAUUAAAGAUGAAGGUUCGGAAACCAGAUGCUCCAAAAGAAUCUUCAAAGUUUCUAGGCCAUGGUAUCUGCAAUAAUGUUGCCAAAUCAUUGAGCUUUGCUCAGGCCACAGAUGAUUUGAAGGUUAUCAAAGAAUCAGUGUUAAGCCUCCUAAGGCAGAUGAAGAUCCAACCCUGUGACAUGAGAGGGGUUGGUGUCCAAAUAAACAAACUUGUUCCUGAAUCUGGAGAGGUAAGACAUCCAGCUGCCAUUGGAACCAAAUCCCUCAAAGAUUUUGUAACAAUUGGUGAUAAGAAGCCUUCCGAGAUCCAUAUUCCUGAUGUCAGACCACAAGUUAAAAAGUCCAUGCCUAAAACGAUAAUGAACUUUCUUCAGAAGCAGCCUAAACAGAAUAAUGACAUAUUGAAACCAAUGCCAGAAGUGGUACAUAAGUCAGGAGCUAGAAUCAAGCAAUCAGUUAUCAUCCAGGAAGAAAACCCUCUCCCAAAGUUUCCAACUAUGUCCCCUUCCCUACCAAAAGAGGAACCUGCUAAGAAAUCAGAUUUCUACCCAUCAUCAGUAUCAGAAAUUGACACGUCUGUCUUGGAUGCACUCCCACCAGACAUCAGACUACAAAUUCAAAACAGCUUUCUAACCAAAAAACUAGAUGUAAAUCAGAAGAUCCCAUUGACAAGCACACCAGUUCAUCUCAAAAGCACUGCAGUCGAUCCAAUGCAAGAUCAACCAACAACAUCAAGAGCUGUUAUGAAAUAUGACAGAGAAUGUAGUUUCACACAGAGAGAAGAAUUGCUGGAUUUGGAUCCAAGUGUUCUAAAGGAAUUACCAGAGGAUAUUGUGCAAGAGUUGAUGGCAAAUCAACAGAAAUUAAAGGAAAGGCAGAGAUUGGCCGAAGAACCAGUUGAAGCACUUCCUAACCUCUCGCAGAUCGAACCCUCUUGUUUAGAUGCUCUUCCACCUGAUCUGAAGGAAGAAUUGAAACAGGCAUAUCUACAAAAAGACCUCAAACAAAAAGAACAAAUUUAUCAACAGAGCCCUGUAGAAUCCUCCCCAGCUAAGCCCUCCUUUGCUAAGCCUAGUCCUUGUAAGCUUUCCCCUGGAAAAAUCAGUCCCUUUGCUAAUGCCAAACAACGAGGUAAGCUCAGAAAAGGAAGCCCAAGGAAACUGUUUGAAAGGAACCAGCCAAAAAUUCGUGAUAUUAUUAGAAAGAGUCCAACCAAGGAAAACAUGGGUGUUAACAAAAAUUGUGAUGCAGUGGCUACAACACCUAAUUUGAAGGUUGAUAGUGAAGUUCAAGUGGAAAAUUUCAAAGAUGAUAACAAGGUAAAGACACAAAGGGCAAAUCUAAGUGGUGCUACUGAACUUGCCGAUGUUAAAUCACUCCUUCGUGAAUGGAUGGACACCUGUGAGUUCCCCAGAGAUGAUGAUCUUGGUCAUGUGAUAGCAUUCCUUCAGGAUCUUGUCAUGGAAAGGAAUCUUGUGAAAGUUGAUCUUUUGCUGAAAGCAUUUAAGAGGUACGCCAACAGGAUAGACACAGAUAAAUGGAUGGUAGCCUACAACACAGUUGUCGCUCUUGUUCAAGACCGAAUUCGUCAAGUAUUUAACAGCCAAUUGAAAAUAAGUUGAACAAGGCUUGAAAAAUGGAGAAAACCUUGCUAAUAUUUGAUUAUCAGAGCAAAGAUGUUUAUAAAAAAUAUGUUAAGUUUAAUUUGCUGUGUAAUACAAAGUAGCGGUUUGCAUACAUUUUUUUUGGGGUGGGGAGGGGGGAAAAGAAGUAAAAUGUGUAGACACAUUUGCUAGUGAUUUCCAUUGAAUUAUUAACCAAAACCAUGUGGGUAUCAACAUAUACACAUAUACAACAGAUGAUUAUUAAUUUAAUGUGAAUUUAAAACUACUGUAUAAAGCUUGUUUACUUACUUAUAUAUUCUAAGGGUCCUUCUCAGACACCUGUUGAUAAAAACCUGUAUUUUAUGUGUUAUGCAUUUAGUUGUUCGCCACAUUUCAGAUCCAUAUAAGAGUACUGCUGUUACAUUAGACUCAAAAAAACUUAAGCUUCAUUGCUACUGUGAUAUAUCUUGUUUUCCACACUCUUCACAGCAUAAUGAAAGCCACUUCUGCUUUUCCAAUCCGUUCCUUGACAUCUCAUCUGUCUCUCCUUUGGCGCUAACUUUGCUACCUAACUUAGCUGUAUUAUUAUUAUUGUUAUUGUUGUUACCUUGAAGCACUGCAUUGUUAUUGUGGUAACUUACUGUGAUUAGAUGUACAGUAUGUUUAUACUGUAUUCAUUAUAUUGCCUACAUUGUAUGAAAAAUAUAUGAAUUGUUAUAUUUUAUAUUUUUAAAAAUUUUAUUCAAACGUAACUGCUAAAUUGUACAUUAUAUUGUAUAUCAGUCAUUUAAACAACUAAACAAUCAUUAUGGGGACUUGUAAUAUUUGUCCACUUAUGGACAGCAACAGUCCGAGAUUAACAUACUUUUUUCAGUUCAGUUGUCUCCUGAUCAGGGCCUUGUCAUCUAGUACAGUAGUGGCAUAUCUAGGGGUGUGCAAGGGCUCAUGUUCCUAAAAAAAAGCUCUCCCCCUCGUAACACCACCACCCCCCCCCCAUUUGGAAAUGUUCAAAGCGGAAUAUACUUAAUGUUGUUAAAAAUUAGCUCAUAUCACCACCCCCACCACCUCUUUACUUAAUCACCAAGCCCCUUUAAUACUGUACUUCUCCUAGCCGCCCCUUAGAUACACCAUUGCUAGCAGUAAAGUGUUAGCAGGUGGUCCGUAAGAACAGGACCUCCACUUGUGAAAAAUUAAGCUAAGCCUUUUUGUCAAAACUACCGAUUACAACAAUGUUGUUGGAAAAUCUCACAUUUUUCAUCAACAAUCGUUUUAUACUACAGUAUACUAGUUUAUCCCCUCAACUUGUAGUUGAAUGCAACUUUUUUUUUUUUAAUGUAUGAUGAUAUUAUAAUAAACCGAUGUUUAUUAAGUAAAACUGCAAAUCCUGUAAAACCUCCGUCUCAGAAUAGCACGCUAGAUAGAUGGCGCAUUAGAAGUGCUGUUGCAUUAGUAGUAUUAUUAUUAUUAUUACUACUACUACUAUGUUACUAAAGCUUUAGACAAUGAAGAAAUUAGACAACAAUUAUAAAAACGAUGUUAAGAGAAAAAUUACACAAAAGAAGUCCGAUUUAGUGCUAGUUAUUAUUUAGACUGGGUUCCAGUCCUUAAUCUUUGUCUUAAUCAGUUGAAAUGCUGACGCUGGUGGCGCUUUCCGAAAUGCGUUAAUGUACUACGAAAAAUCCAUAAAUUAGAGACUUGUGGCAAGUCUAGUUAUUAUAAAAUGUAUCUGAUUGUUAUUUGCUCAAAUUACUGAGAAUUAAAGACAAUGAUCAUGAGUUUAAUAAUACAGUAUGGCUUUUAUUAAAAUUUCUAACCAAUGAUUUUUUUUUUCUUAUUUACUUGUACAAAAUGACAUGAUUAUUUUUGCAUGUUUGGGAAGGUUGCACUAAAGCAAAAAAUCAUACAAACACUGUAUAUACAAGUGUCAAAGUUCAAGAGAGCUUUUGAUGUGCGACAUGAUCUAAUGCCCUGUCCAGACUAUCAAAAUGUAUUUGACAUGCCUAAAUAUAGUCAUGACGACAUCACAUUAUUACCAUAUAUAGACUAUAUAUGGGGAUACAACACUUUUUUGACAAAUCCAAUUUGAUAGUGUGGAUGUAGCUUUAAACAGAUUCACUCAUUUGCGUUUUCAACUGAAACCACAUCUUCCAUAUGACGUCAAUACAUCCAAGCGUUGUCGCAAAUAGACAACUCCAUAUAUACACACAUCUCUCCUGUUUACCCGUGUCCACGGUUUUUAAAACAAUGCCCCAAGCCAAACCAAGGAAUCAAAGGAAAUGAACUGGUAAGGCCUGCGGUAAAGGGUUCACCCUAAGCUCACCAAAACACUCAUGUAAAUAUACUUUCCCUACACACCUACAUUCUAUACAGGAAUACCUUGUAACAUAAUGCCCUGUAAUCGAAUAGCAAGUAUUUUUUAACCAAUAUCUUGAAUUGUAUAUCAGAAUACUUUUCUAAUA